AUGGCGGAUGAGAAUGAGACAGCACCGAUGCCGGAGGGGGAAGACGGAGAGGACCACGGCCACUGCAGCGACUGUGAGAACGAGGAGCACCACUCCGACGACGGUGACAGGGGCCUGGCUGACGACACUGGUGCCAAGAAGAAGAAAAAGAAGCAGAAAAAGAAGAAGAAAUCUGCUCCCACAGAAGCAGCUCAGGACACCCUCUCUAAGGUGAAUUCAUUGCCAGCCGAUAAGCUACAAGAGAUUCAAAAGGCCAUUGAACUGUUCUCUGUAGGCAGCGGCCCUGCCAAAACCAUGGAGGAGGCAACUCGGAGGAGUUACCAGUUCUGGGAUACGCAACCUGUGCCCAAGCUAGGGGAGACGGUGACGUCGCACGGUUCCAUUGAGCCCGACAAGGACCACAUUCGAGAGGAGCCCUACAGCCUCCCACAGGGCUUCAGCUGGGACACCCUCGACUUGGGGAGCUCUGCUGUGCUCAAGGAGCUUUACACCCUUCUCAAUGAGAACUAUGUGGAAGAUGAUGACAACAUGUUCAGAUUUGACUACUCCCCCGAGUUCCUGCUCUGGGCCCUGCGCCCCCCCGGCUGGUUGCCCCAGUGGCAUUGUGGAGUGAGGGUUAACUCUAACCAGAAGCUGGUGGGCUUUAUCAGUGCCAUACCAGCCAAUAUCCGCAUCUAUGACAUAGAAAAGAAAAUGGUUGAGAUCAAUUUCCUGUGUGUCCAUAAGAAGCUUCGCGCCAAACGAGUUGCUCCGGUUCUAAUCAGAGAGAUCACCAGACGGGUCAACCUGCAGGGCAUCUUUCAGGCAGUGUACACUGCUGGAGUGGUACUGCCCAAACCUGUGGGCACAUGCAGGUACUGGCAUCGUUCUUUGAACCCCCGCAAGCUAAUCGAGGUGAAGUUCUCCCACCUGAGCAGGAACAUGACUAUGCAGCGCACCAUGAAGUUGUACCGCCUGUCUGACGCCCCUAAGACUUCGGGUCUGCGGCCAAUGACCAAGAAGGAUGUGCCACUGGUGCAUCGUCUCCUCCUUGAGUACCUGAGCCAGUUCAGCCUGGUGCCCGUUAUGAGCCCGGACGAGGUGGAACACUGGCUUCUGCCCCAGGAGAACAUUAUCGACACUUACCUGGUGGAGAACGGUGGCAAAGUGACCGAUUUCCUGAGUUUCUACACGCUGCCGUCUACCAUCAUGAACCACCCUGUGCACCGCAGUCUAAAAGCAGCGUACUCCUUCUACAACGUGCACACCACCAUCCCACUGCUUGACCUGAUGUCUGAUGCCCUUGUCCUGGCCAAAUCGAAAGGGUUUGAUGUCUUCAAUGCACUGGAUCUAAUGGAAAACAAGACUUUUCUGGAGAAGCUAAAGUUCGGCAUCGGUGACGGGAAUCUACAGUAUUAUCUGUACAAUUGGAAGUGUCCAAGCAUGGGGUCAGAAAAGGUCGGGUUGGUGCUGCAGUGACCCCCAGUUACGCCAUAAACAAGUGUCACCGACAGGCCAGGAAACCGCACUGACCACCUGACAGAUGGACUGAUGAUGACUUCCUGCUUUAGGAAAGGAAAACCCACCGCCCAUUUUUACUUUUUGACCUUUUGAACUUUGACCUGCACUACCGCUGCCAGGCGAGGAGGCGGGAAGAGCCUAUUCUUCCUCCUCCCUCAAUCACAUGGACCUUAAGCCAUUGUAGUUACCAUCGCAAACAACUGUAUUACAUCUGGAAGCUGUCUUGAUUGUACCAAACACACAGACACACAAGAACAGUUUGCACAGAUUUCUUUAUACCAAACACUCACUGUUGGCUUACAAACCAUACAAUACUUGUAAAUAAUAUCAAAACAUAACUGCAGAUUAUGCCCUAACAAAAACAGAAGUUAUGGAUUUAUUCCAAAAUGUUGGAACUGCUUUUUGCAAUUCGAAUAAAUCUGUCAUCCUUAAGUUUUAGAGAUAAACAAAAUAUUCAAAAAUAUCUCAAAGAGGAAGAAGCUCAAAAAGAUAAGGUACUAAAUACCAACAGUGGACACCAGUGGCCUGUACUUCCAAUUAAUUUCAACGUGCUACGCAGCUGGUUAUCAACUGUCUCAGUUAACUCUGGGUUUUCUUAUCUAGCUACAUGCGCUGUUGUAAGAACUAUAAAUAAAGUUCUUAAUAUGAUGUCAUAAAUGCUGAAGUCUGGAGGUAGUCAGUUUAAAGUCAAAGUGGCUUUCAACAAAGAGAAACAAAUGAUAAUCACAUCACUAGAAUCAGAAAUGGUAGCAUGAUUUUUUUUUUCAUUUUUAAAUCAAGGUUAAGGAUGUUUUGUAAAUAAGCUGAGGAGUUUUAUUAAUUUGAUUCCUGAUUAUUUUUCUCUUAUCUGAUGAAUAAACUGUUAUGAGCAUGUGACGCAGAUAGAAACAUCAGUGAUGUGAGACGUUUACUGCUGCCUAAAGUAGUGAAUGUGUGAUGGCAUCAGUCUUACUGAAAUGCUCAUUUAUUAUAGUUAGAAAGUGUGUGGUUCCUUUUAAAAAAUAUAUAAUACAUUAGAGGGUUUUGUUUUUUUAUUUAUCAGGUUAGGAUUAUUAAGCAGAAGCAUCAACACUGUAAGGAAUCAAAUAACCAUUAUUCACUUAAAAUAAUAAUUGGGCCGUAUUUAUAUAUUGUGAAGCUUUCAGAAGCUCCGUUUUAAAACCAUAGCAGACGCGUUAAAAGUCUGGAACAAGUCGGCCCUAAAGCAUACGUUACUAUGGGGAUUUUUUUAAAUGUGAACCAACCUCGUAGGACUGAAAACCCAGAGUUAAACCUGAUGCUCCCUCUUAAGCCGCAGAGCCUGCUCCGUAGUACAGGCCCCAGAAAAGGGCUGUUAAACUCAUGCUUGACUUUUUUUUUUCUUCAGUCAUUAUGGAGAUGUUUAUGCCUGAUUUGGUGUACGUUUUCUGGAGGUCUCCUCAUCUGUAUUAACUUUCAUGAACUUCUCAUCAAGCUUACUGCACUAACAGAGAGAGAAACAGACUAAUCAUAACAGACCAACUCAGUCAGAGGGGGGAAAACUCCUUUUGGACGAGGUUGGACUGCCACAGAGGUUUAAAGCUUUUCAGUGGGGUUUACUCAAAACGACCUGAAUUAUUUAUGUUCCGGUUUCGAUGUCCACCCUUAAUAACGCAGAGAUUGACGUAUAUCCUGAAAAAUCAAGGACUUAAAGGUCAAAAUCAGAAACUGAAAGAGCUUUUUCUUUUCUGGAACUCAUGAUGCAGGUUUUUCUUGGGGUGGGCAAUCUCACAGAAAGGGUCUUAAAAAAUAAUAAAUUAAAAUAUAAAAUAAUAUAGUACAAGACUGCAAAACACCCCAAGAAAAAGUGAAGGAAACUGUGUUCUGGCUCAUUUAAUGAAAUAACAUCUCUAAUUUAAAGCUAUUUAUUUAGAAAAUUAUAACAAAUGUGCAGUUUUAUUAACUCGCAGAUGAAAUAUGAGCCUCACACAGCAUAAAGAUCCUUAUGCUCAGUUCCCUGUCAGGUAAUAUGGGAGAUUUCAGGAGGGUGGAUGUUGGAGCUGGGCCCGUGAACAGCCAUCGUGGUGGUGGUGGUGAUGGUGAUGAUGAUGACUGGGGAGAAGCCCCUGCUUAAAAUAAGUGUUUCCUGUGUGAGUUGUUGGUUCUAUUUGCAAACAGAUGUAAAAAUAAAUGAAAAAAUAAUUGGUCUCAUGGUGUUGCAGGAAACGAAUGUGAAGAUGCAGGUGAUUUUCUUUUCUUUUGUUUUUUUUUUUUGAACAAAAAAGAAUAAAAUCUAGAAGUUGG